CUAAUUUUGAAGGCUGAACAGCAGUGACCUAUAUUGCAUCUCGUGAGUUUUUUGAAAGAGAAUCGAAAAGGUCGUAUUGAAGAUGGGUCGUUUGGCUGGGAAAGUGAUAGUGCUGUCUGCAGCUGCACAAGGCAUUGGAAGAGCUUCUGCUAUCGCUUUUGCCAAGGAAGGUGCCCAAGUCACAGCUACUGAUAUCAAUGCGGAGAAAUUAAAAGAGCUGGAUGGCAUUCCAGGUAUUAAAACCAGGGUUGUUGAUGUUUCCAAGAAGGACCAAGUGGAGGAUCUGGCCAAGGACUUUGACCAUGUGGACGUGCUUUUCAAUGUUGCAGGAUUUGUCCAUCAUGGCUCCAUACUGGACUGUGAGGAGUCAGACUGGGACUUCACCAUGAACGUGAAUGUCCGCAGCAUGUACUUGAUGAUCAAGGCCUUCCUCCCCAAGAUGCUGGCUCGUAAAUCUGGUAAUAUCAUCAAUAUGGCAUCUGUGGCAUCUAGCAUCAAAGGUGUUGUGAACAGAUGCGUCUAUAGCACGUCUAAAGCUGCUGUCAUCGGGCUCACCAAGUCUGUAGCUGCUGAUUUCAUCGAGAAAGGCAUCCGCUGCAAUUGUGUCUGCCCUGGAACCGUUGAUACACCAUCACUGCAUGAGAGAAUCCAGGCCAGACCUGAUCCAGAGCAGGCAUUUAAAGACUUUAUGGCCAGACAGAAGACAGGUAGGCUGUGCACAGCAGAAGAGGUGGCACAUCUGUGUGUGUACUUGGCCUCAGAUGAGUCUGCCUAUGUAACAGGAACUGAAGUCAUCAUUGAUGGAGGAUGGAGACUCUGAGGAUUUUCUUAGAUUACAGUACUAAAAACUUGCAAAUCAGCUUCCAGAGAAUUGUAGACAUGUAGUUUUCAUGAUCACUAGCCAAAUCUAAAACGUUUAAUGCUGCUAGAUAAUAACUGUGUGGAUCUUUCCCAACAAUCAAUGAAUCCUUUUCUUUAUUGUUUUUGUUGAAACGAUCUUCACCAGUGGAGUUUAUAAACUCAUUUCAUAGGAGUUAUUGCAUUUAUUAUAUAACCUCUGUCAGAUUGCCAAGUCAAUGUAAUCAAUGUUAGGUCUUCUUUUGGGAAAAUGUCAUAUUCAUAAAUUGAAGAUUACAAAUAGUAAACUAUUGUUUAAAAACAAUUAGCAAGUAAAAAGCAGUGAAUUCUUUCUGAGCAUUUUAAUGUGUUUAUUAGUCCUUUGUCUGCACACUGAUUUUUUGUUUUGUUUAUUUUUUUAAGUUCAAAUAGCCUAAUAAAUGAUU